AUGAAGAUCACACAGGCAGAGCUGAGUGAACAUAACACGACGUCCUCCCUGUGGAUCUCGAUUGGCGGCAUCGUUUGCGACGUCACCGAGUUCCUCAUGCUGCAUCCAGGCGGAAACGACAUCCUGCUCCAGCAUGGUGGGACUGAAGCCUACGAAGCGUUCGAGGAAGUUGGGCACUCUGAUUUUGCCCGCAAGAUGGUUCAUGAGAAAGCCAUUGGCCUCCUGGUGGAUGGCAGAGAGGCGCCUCGCGCAGGUCAAGGCGUGUCGUUGCUUGGUCGACUCUUCACAAAGGAGGACAAUUACAACAUCCACAAGACGCUUGGCAUCUUCAUCUUGUGUCACACCUUCUACAGAAUCUACACGGCAUGCGACAUGCAGCUGGAUGGCGGCUUCACCAGUGAAGUUUCUUCACUGGCCCUGUGCUGGGUGAGUAUGCUGCUUCAAGUCUCUUCCUUCCUCUUCGAGGUUCCGCGAGCACGUCUGCUGGGAAGCCCGAUGAUCUGGCAGGAAUGGCGUGCGCACAACCUGGUUUUUGUUGGCAGGCAUGUUCUGGCUUUCACCAUUUGCUGGGUCUACAUUCGCUAUGUCAACAUUUCGGAUGAUUUCGCGACCUUUUUCGUGGACAUGCUGCUGUUUGCAGUUUUGUACGCUCAGCUGUACUCUGUCGAUGUGAUCACCGCUUACAUUCGUGAGGAUAAACAUACCAGCCUAACGGCUAGUUGGCCCUUUUGGGACGGCUGCCCCAUCUGGCUGGAAAAGUCCAUCAAGUGGUACUACACCAUCGCGCAGUUUCAGGCAAGCUCCCUUCUCGUAAUGACUGGCAGCUCGCUAUUCGACAAGUACAUGGUCAUCUUCCCCUUCCAGUUUGCCUCCUUUCUGAUGACACUGGUCAGGAAGGGCAUCAUCACCACCAAGGGCUUCCAUGCCGGAUACCUGUGGAGUUUGUUCAUGGUGGUGUGGCUCAUCCUGGGGCCACAGAACUUUCUCGUCUCCGUGGUGUCCUUCGCCACGUGGAUCAUUCUCUACAUUUGGCGAUCUUAUGGCCUCUCAAAGUACGCGCUUUGGUUGGGCCCACUUCUCUCCAAGAUGCUGGCAUACUACCACAUCACUCCGGACAACCCUCUUGUGCAAUUGGGCACAAUGAUGAUUACCUGGAUCGUGUGCAUGGUGCUUCAGAAGUGUGUCAUGGGCUUCGCCACAGAGGUGCGCGCUCGGCGCUUUUUGGAGGCCCGACAGAAGCCGAUGAAGCUUGUGGACAAAGAGACCAUCAGUGAUAACUUUGUGCUUCUGAAGUUUGAAGUGCCAGCGGGAUACGCUGCUGGAAUCAACCCUGGACAGCAUGUGAAGGUUCAUGUGCCGAACCCCUCCAAGGGCCGCAAAGAGUGGAACAAGCACGCAAAUUUGGAGGAGCCGGUAGAGAUUCUGAGCAGAUCAUACACACCUGUGUCUGCUACAACCUCGCCGACACUUGACCUCAUGGUUCGCCAUUACCACAAGAGUCCAGAGAGGGGAUUCCCGGAUGGAGGACGUGCCAGUACCUACUUGGUGGAGAAGCUGAAGGUAGGCAGCAAGAUCCUGAUGUCGGGUCCUCAUGGACAUCAGCUCUACUUCGGCCAGGGCAACUUCCUGGUAGGCAAGAACAUGGUGAAAGCUCGUGUGUGUGGAGCUUUGGCUGGAGGAUCGGGCAUAACGCCGGUGCUGGCGACCCUACGAGAUAUUUGGCAGGAGGGGCGCCGCGAUGUGCGAGACCGGGACCAGCGGAUUCUCGGGGAGCAGGCAGUCAAGAUGAAGGAGUUUGCCAUCAUGCAUGUGACUCGGUCUGCAUCCGAAGCACUUCCGCAGCAGUGGUAUCAGCCGCCCACCGGCUGCGGGGAGCAGACGCCCAUCCGCAUGUCCCACGUGAUCACGGGCUCGGACUCCGCCAAGGCUGAAGUUCCAGGAGCCCUUUGCUACACCGGGCGAGUGACCGAGGAGAUGGUCAAAGCGGCGAUGCCGCCGCCCGGCGAAGAUGUCGUGAUCUUCGUCUGCGGUCCUCAAGGCUUCUCAGAGGCCUGCUGUCGUCCGAUUCUGAAGCAUCUUGGAUACAAGCAUGUAGUGAUGCUGCAAUGA